GAGACGAGGAGGCGCCGAUCUGUAGCGGCGCCGAGGGCGACAUCGAGGAGCCGCUGGUCUCACGCCGCUCACCGAGAAUGGCAGACCAGUUAGGGUCUUACACUAUUAGAUCCCAUGGAAUGAUAUUGGCAAGAUUUCACAUGUAUGACUGGAUAAUACUUCUCCUCCUUGCUGUCAUAGACGGGCUGUUGAAUAUAAUUGAACCAUUUCACCGUUUUGUUGGAAAAGACAUGAUGACUGACUUGAGAUAUCCUAUGAAGGGCAAUACAGUGCCAUUUUGGGCUGUUCCACUGAUCGGAAUUAUACUACCUUGGGCCAUCUUUGUUGGAAUUUACUUCAAAAAGAAGAAUUUUUAUGAUUUGCACCAUGGCAUACUGGGGAUUCUAUACUCAGUGCUCAUAACUGCAGUGAUUACUGAUGCAAUUAAGGAUGGUGUUGGACGGCCUCGUCCAGAUUUUUUCUGGCGCUGUUUCCCUGAUGGAAAUGAUGUUUAUGAUAACAUUACUACUGGUGUUAUAUGCAAUGGAGUGAAGAGUGUAAUCAAGGAAGGCCACAAGAGCUUUCCCAGUGGACACACUUCAUGGUCUUUUGCUGGUCUAGGCUUCCUAGCAUGGUAUUUAGCUGGGAAAAUCGCGGCUUUUGAUCGCAAAGGACAUAUUGCGAAGCUAUGUAUUGUGUUUCUGCCUCUCCUUACUGCUGCACUUGUGGCUGUUUCUCGAGUGGAUGACUACUGGCAUCAUUGGCAAGAUGUAUUUGCAGGGGGUCUUAUAGGUCUUACAGUUGCUUCAUUUUGCUAUCUACAAUUUUUCCCAUAUCCUUUUGAUGGCGAUGCUUGGUGGCCUCAUGCAUACACGGUCCAGGUAGCUGAGGAACGGAACAGCAGAAAUGCAAACUCCUACAGCGUGAGACCAACCGAGAUCGAAACAGUCAAUAUUCCUGGCCGCGGUGGGAUCACCCUAAGAGAUACUGUAAACGAUGUGGAGUCUGGCACUGGCAGUGACAGGAGAUCCUGA